AAGUAGAAAAUCAACAUUUCCCAGAAAGCUGGAAAUUCGUCGAGGAAUUUCUAUAAACUAGAAAAUCCCCGGCGAUUUUUCGGUUGAUUUUCUAUAAACUAGAAAUUAAUUCAAGAUUACAGUGUAUUUGUUCCACUGGCUCUUUUCUUCUGUCGCCAAAGCAAAGUGAAUAGCCAUAAAGAACAUCUUAUGUAUAGCUAUAAGUUUCAAUGUGAAUUUUCUUUUCGCUAAAUGAAAUUUAUUCUUUUUUGCAGUUUUUGAUGACUGAUUCGAUAACCAUAUGGAACAAUUAUUUUAAAUUGUGCCGCUGAAAAUGUGAAUUUGUUUUCUUAUGAUGCAAAACUUGGCUUCCAUCUUUUAAUAUCUGCAUUUUGUUUUUUUCCCAUAUCAUCAAAAACAGCUUAUAUUCUAAUCUUUUUGAAUUAAUUUUUUGAUGCUUUGAUAUUUAUUUUCUCUCUAUGUACACUUCACAAUAGUCGAUAAACGCGUAGCUGGCGAGGACAUUACUCUGAACACAUAUAGGAUCAGACAAACUGGGAAUACGUCAUACUUCAUGGGUACCGACAAAAGUGCAAUGUAUCACAUCAUUUGCAUAAUACUAUGUUUGAUCAGUGGAACAUGGAAUGAAGGCAUCAAGUAUAUAAGUAACUGUCAUAACUGAAUUAAGUUUUCUUUCUGUCGUUUUAAUGAUUCAUCUACCUAUUUCCAGGUUCGAAGACAAGUGAAAGCGAUCGCUCAGCACCGAAAGAUAUUAGCAGAAUUCUUCAAAACGCUAAUCGAAAUGUUAACGUUGGCGUUGCUGUCAAUACUAAUUUGCUUCAAACUGCAGGCCCCUAUCGCGACUUGGUCAUUGAACAAUAUAACAGUAUCUCUGCUGAAAAUUCGAUGAAAAUGACAGCAUUGCAACCAACAGAAGGCAAAUUUGAUUUCAGCAGCUAUACAAUUCGGGAUGUUGCGUUAAAAUUUGGCCUCAAACGUAUCCACGGUCAUACACUUGUCUGGUCGAAAUCAUUACCAAAAUGGGUGGUAAAUGCCGAAAAUGCCACCUUACCUAAAAAUACUACUCUUGCCGCUCGCUUUGACUUGAUUAUGAAAAAACAUAUCCAGACUGUGAUCAAACAUUAUAACGCUCCUACUACCAAGUACAGAGAUGCGGAAGGAAAUCCGCUAAUGAAAUCGUGGGAUGUCUGCAACGAAGUUAUGUAUGACAAUGGCAGUUAUCGUGGUGCUCUCGACAUACAAAAUGGCAAUGAUAAAGGUAGUAUAUGGUAUCGAACCAUGGGUCAAUCAUACAUUCAAAACGCAUAUGUCUACGCACGUCAAGCAGCACUACAGAACAAUGACACAAAUCUAAAAUUGUUUUACAAUGAUUACGGACAAGAAUAUUCAUCCAGUAAACGAGAUGCAAUUUAUACUAUGUUAAUGGGUUUGAAACAGGUUAUGGUCGACGGCCACCCAGUUAUUGAUGGUGUCGGUUUACAGAUGCAUAUUAACUACGACACGUCAAAUACGCAUAUUGAAUUAGGUUUAAGAAAAAUGGCUUCAACGGGUCUUAUGGUGCACAUUGCCGAAUUAGAUAUCAGUAUUAACAGAGAGGGAGUUCCUCUAUCACAGACUAUUAUCGAUCAACGAGCUGUUUUACAAGAACAAAAAUAUCGAGAUGUUGCUAUGAUAUACCGUCGUGUCGUUCCUAAAGAACAGCGCUGGGGAAUUACAUUGUGGAAUGUUGGUGACAAAGAUUCGUGGCUGGCUAAAGAUGCAAAAGGACAGCAAAUUAAUUACCCAUGCCUAUACGAUAUUAAUUAUGUGAAAAAGAGUGCUUUUCAUUCUUUCUAUGCAGGUUUGAAUGUUGCAUUUUAA